GACGAAAGCGGAAGUGCACAGGCCAGAGGCGGGAUCAGAGCCCAGAGGGGCUCGGGAUUGCGGAAGUUUUGUGAGGAGGGUCGGGCGUAGAGCGGUGUUGUUUUAGGAUAAGUUCCGGAAGGGAGGCCGCCUGUUGGGGUCUGAGAGCCACCAGCCUCUCCAGUUUGGGGACUGUUACACCCGGCGCGAUUCGACGUCGCUGCUGUUGGUUGUCCUCGGCCCUCGUUCUCCCCUAGGGAACCGCCUCGGAUCUCCGCCAUGGCAUCCACUUCGACUAACCUCCAGAAAGCAAUAGAUCUUGCUAGCAAAGCAGCCCAAGAAGACAAAGCUGGGAACUAUGAAGAAGCCCUUCUACUCUAUCAAAAUGCUGUGCAGUAUUUUCUCCAUGUAGUUAAAUAUGAAACACAGGGUGAUAGAGCCAAGCAAAGUAUCAGGGCAAAGUGUAAUGAAUAUCUUGACAGAGCAGAAAAACUAAAGGAGUACCUGAAAAAGAAAGAGAAACCACAGAAGCCUGUGAAGGAGGGACAGCCAAGUCCAGCAGAUGAGAAAGGGAAUGACAGUGAUGGGGAAGGAGAAUCUGAUGAUCCUGAAAAAAAGAAACUACAGAAUCAACUUCAAGGUGCCAUUGUUAUAGAACGACCAAAUGUGAAGUGGAGUGAUGUUGCUGGUCUCGAAGGAGCCAAAGAAGCACUUAAAGAGGCUGUGAUUCUGCCUAUUAAAUUUCCUCACCUUUUUACAGGCAAGAGAACACCUUGGAGGGGAAUCCUAUUAUUUGGGCCUCCUGGAACAGGAAAGUCCUAUUUAGCCAAAGCUGUAGCAACAGAAGCAAACAACUCAACAUUUUUUUCAAUAUCUUCCUCUGAUCUUGUUUCAAAGUGGCUAGGUGAAAGUGAAAAAUUAGUUAAGAAUUUAUUCCAACUUGCCAGAGAGAACAAGCCCUCCAUUAUCUUCAUUGAUGAAAUUGAUUCUUUGUGUGGUUCAAGAAGUGAAAAUGAAAGUGAAGCUGCACGUAGAAUUAAGACAGAGUUCCUAGUUCAAAUGCAAGGGGUUGGUGUGGACAAUGAUGGAAUUUUGGUUCUGGGAGCCACAAAUAUACCCUGGGUUCUGGAUUCUGCCAUUAGGCGAAGAUUUGAGAAACGAAUUUAUAUUCCUUUGCCUGAAGCCCAUGCCCGAGCAGCAAUGUUUAAACUGCACUUGGGGACCACUCAGAACAGUCUAACAGAAACAGACUUCCGAGACCUUGGGAGGAAAACUGAUGGUUAUUCAGGGGCAGAUAUAAGUAUCAUUGUACGGGAUGCACUUAUGCAGCCUGUUAGAAAAGUACAGUCAGCUACUCAUUUUAAAAAGGUUCGUGGACCUUCCCGAGCUGAUCCUAACAACCUCGUAGAUGACCUGCUAACACCCUGCUCUCCAGGUGACCCUGGUGCCAUUGAAAUGACCUGGAUGGAUGUCCCUGGGGAUAAACUUUUGGAGCCAGUUGUUUGCAUGUCGGAUAUGUUGCGGUCACUCUCUAGCACAAAACCCACAGUCAAUGAACACGACUUGUUGAAAUUAAAGAAGUUUACAGAAGAUUUUGGUCAAGAAGGCUAAACCAAAGAUGAGGAAGAUGUUUACCAUGUGUAUUGUUUCUUUCAUAGAUAUUUUUCUUGAAUAGCAUUCAGAUUAUUUCCAGUAAAACUCUUUUACCACGGGGAAAUACACAUCUUACUUCAGAGUUCCUUUAAGUUUGAUUUUGUACUUUUUCUCCAUUACCUAUCAAAUGCUCCUAUUAAUGAAAAGUAUAAGAUAAUGAGUUACAAAGAAAUGAGCAAUAUAUGAAUGGCAAAAAAAGAAAUUACCCAGUAAGAAGAAUAUUAGAAAUUGAUUGACAUAUAAAUAUUUAAAAUUUUUAUGAAUGGUGGUCUUUGCAAAGAGCAUUUACAUUUCUUUUGGACUAAAAUGAAACAGGGCUUAUUUUAUAUUUUGAAAAAAAUUCUUAAAUAUCAUUCUUAUCAAUGUAAAAUUUA